AAACUUACAUCUGUGUACCAUUAAAUCUUAGAAAAUCUUUGCAAUUUGGAUUAUUUCAGCACUUGUUAAUUGAUCUUUGCAAAGUUCAACAGGUAACAUUCUCUUGCCUUCCUAUGGAUUUUUAAAAAAUGGUGCUGUGAAAAGCAGACAACAUUGAUUACUGAAGACAAAAGAGAGUGCAGAUGCUGGAAUCUGGAACAAACAACGGAACUUUGGAAGAACUCGAUGGGUCAAGCAGCGUCUGUGGAGGCAAAAGCUGCAUUCAGCAGACCUAUUGUGAAAGACAGGACUAUUGAAUUUGCCCAGAAAUGUAGUGACCAGAUAAGUGAUAUUAAAUACAAAGAACAAUACAUGAAGUUGAAAGGAAAGUAUACUUUUGUACCAGAUACACCUCAACAACAAUGUAUGAAAAAUGCAGCUGUUCUUGUAUCAGAGACCAAAUACAAAGAAGGUAUGAAAAAGGAAAGUUCUAAAUGCUUGUACGCCCAGAUGCCUGCCACCAUUGAUACUGUGUUUGCUAAAGAAGUUUCUCAGAUUCAGAGUAAGAAACAAUAUAAGCAAAAAUAUGAUGCAGAGAAAGGAAAAUCAAAUUAUUCCAACAUGAAAGUGCUGCCAGAUGUUAAACAUGCAAUGGAAGUCAAUAAACAUCAAAGUGACAUACUGUACAAGAAAGAUGCAGAUACUAUUCACAGUUACACAGAGAUCAUUGAUAGACCAGAUAUCAAAAAAGCGACACAAACUACCAAGUUGGUUAGCAAUUUUGCCUAUAAAAACCAAGCUAAAACAGAAGCAGCUAUGAAAACAUCUGUUAUUGGUAGACCAGAUAUUGAACAUGCAAAGGAGGUUUCGAAAAUUACCAGUCAAGUUAACUACAAAGAUAAAUUUAAUAAAGAGAUGAAAGGAAAGAGACAUCGAUUCAAUCCCCAGGAGAGUGCUUCCUUCAGACAAUUGCAGGCAGCAUCUGUUCUUGCAAGUAAUGUAAAAUACAAGGCUGAUCUUCAAAAGCUGAAUCAGACAUCAUCAAAUUUGCCCAAUUUGUUGCACUUGGAACAUGUAUUGGCAGUCAGCAAAUUGCAAAGUGAUCAUGAAUACAAGAAAGAGUUUGAAAAAAGCAAAGGUCAUUACCACUUGGCUCUUGAUACAUCCGAACAGCUUCUUCAUAAGGAGAAUGCAAUAAUCCAAAGCCAGAACAAAUACAGGGAAGACUAUGAAAAAACUAAAGGAAAAUCAAUGCUGGAAUUUACUGAGACUCCAAGUUAUGUGGCAGCAAAACAGGCACAAUGUAUCCAGAAUGAGAAAGAAUACAGGAAAGAGUUUGAUGAAUUGAUCAAAGGCAGUGUGUCUGUGGAUCUUGAUAUGACCCCAAGUUACUUGCAUGCCAAACAUGUCACCAGUCUCCUUAAUAAGAAAGAAUAUACAAAAGAUUGGGAGGUAAACAUCAAAGGAAAAGGUCUCACUUGGAUAGAAGACACCCCUGACAUGAUUCGAGUCAAAUAUGCGUCCCAUAUAUUAAAUGAGAAAGAAUAUAGAAGAGACUUGGAAGAAGAUGUAAAGGGAAAAGGACUCACUCUGUUGGAAGAUACACCAAACAUGAUUAGAGUAAAAAAUGCAUCCCAGAUUUUAAAUGAGAAAGAAUAUAGAAAAGAUCUUGAACUCAAAAUCAAAGGCAGAGGAAUGCAUGUGACUUCAGACAUACUUGAUAUUAAACGUGCCAAAAAUGCAUCAGAAAUUGCCAGUCAGGCAAUGUAUAAACAGACAUUAGACUUGGGACAAAAUAAGUAUGGAACUGUAACAGACACACCAGAGUUGAUACAUGCUGCACAUGUAAAAGACAUUUACAGUCAGAAAAAAUAUAAAAGCGAUGCAGAAAAGAUGCUAAGUACAUGCACUAUAAUAGCAGACUCUCCAGAAAUAGAAAGAGUUAAGAUCAACCAAAAAAACCUUAGCCCGGUGCUUUAUAAAGAAGAGAUUGGUGCUGGUACAGCAGUAAAAGAAACUCCAGAAAUGAAACGCGUUAAAGAAAAUCAGCAAAAUAUUAGUAUGGUAAAUUACAAAGAUGAAAUUGGACAAGGAACAGCGGUUCCAGAUCUUUAUGAUUUAAAACGUGUCAAGGAGAAUCAGAAGAACAUCAGCUCGGUCCAAUAUAAAGAAAAGGUUGGCACAGGCACAGCAGUCUGUGUUACUCUUGAGAUGGAGCGGGCUAAGAAAAAUCAGUCAAAUAUCAGUUCGGUGCAGUACAAUACUGACCUGAAGGAAAUGAAAGGCAGACCGGUUCAGCUUUUUGACACUCCAGAAAUGAGACGUGUUCGUGAAACACAAAAUAAUAUCUCUAUGGUAUAGCUGAACAAGUUUUCUAACAGCAUUGUGUAUGAAGAUGACACUUCAAGUCUGUUACCAACUGUGUUUGAUAAUUCAUAAUGAAUUUCAUUAGAAAACUAAUGGAAAUCACAUACUAAAUUUACACUGGUAAAUGAA